AUGUCGUUUGUUGUCCGUAUCAGGGGUCUUCCGUUCUCAGCGAAUGCGGAUGAUAUAAUCAGUUUUUUCAACGAUUGCAGGAUAAGAGGUGGAAAGCGUGGCAUAUAUUUUCCUCAAGGGUCUAAUGGCCGUUCUAAUGGAGAAGCUUUUAUCGAACUGGAAAGUAGAGAUGAUAAACAGAAAGCCAUGACUCAUCAUAAUGAGCAUUUGGGUCGCCGUUAUAUUGAAGUAUUUGACUCAUGCUCUGAGGAAUUGAAUAACGCUAUGGGAUGCAGACCUUUCAACUCUCCGAAUCGGAGGGAACAUGUUGUUAGGUUACGUGGCCUUCCGUACGAUACUGAGAAAAAGGAGAUAUAUGCCUUUUUUAACGGCCUGGAAAUAGCUCCCAACGGUAUCGGGUUAUUGGUGGAUCAUAUGGGUCGUUGCACGGGGGAAGCGUAUGUCCAAUUCACAUCUUCUGAAAGUCUAGCUCGGGCAAAGGAGAAACAUAUGGAGAAGAUAGGGCACAGAUACAUUGAAAUAUUUGAAAGUACAAUGAUGGAGGCUAACACGACCAUACAGCGCCAAAUGGAAAUAAAUCGACCUUCUCCCUCAAAAGGAUCUAAUUUCGGGCCACCCGGACAUUACGAAUAUGAUGAUCCACAAAGUUUGACUGGGCAUUCUGUUCGUAUGAGAGGGUUGCCAUACUCAGCGACCAAAGAGGAUAUUAAUCGUUUCCUUUCUCCUUUACAACCAGUCAACAUUCGGAUAAAAUUCAAUGCGGCUAAUCGGCCCACCGGAGAGGCAGUUGUGGAUUUUGCCAGUCAUGAUGAAGCGAAGGAGGCAAUGAAGAAGGAUCGUGAAAAAAUUGGGCCUCGUUACAUCGAACUUUUCUUAGCAUCCACCCCUAAGGGAAUCUCUCCUUCGUCUCGCAUAAAUAACAAUGCACCAGUUCCUAGUCGUCGAUCUCCUCCUGUCCACAGUAGUAGAGGCCAUCAAGGGUCACAAUACGCCAACUUUCCUCAGCAAUAUGAAUAUGAUGAUAUAAAUUAUGCGGAAGAUGUAGGGUACAAUUCAGGUCCAAGUAGACCAGAUUUUAAUCAGCCAUAUGAUAGUUUUCACAACGGCACGAGUGUAAGAGGACCAAUCAGGCCUUCAGGAGAUGGUUAUUCAGACUACAGAUAUCGUCAAGGAAAUCACUAUUGA